UUUUAAAUAACCGGCAGUGGAAGGCCAAAAGAGGCCCAGCCCAGAAAACACAUAAUGAAGAUUUUAAAUAACCCUAAUUCUAGAUAGAUAUGAAUCCUACUUCUCCUGGAUUGGCGUCACAGAGCUACACUAACAUUCAGGGUCUUCUCCAUAAUAAAGGUUUAUUCUUCAUAACAAUCAUUAUCUCAACACAAAGCCCCUCUCUCGUUCAGCUUCCAGAAUUUGUCGUUCGCUAAGCAACAAUGAAUACUCUGAAAAAAAUCAAUAGUGAGUCAACUGAGUUGCCAGAUUGUAUUAUAUCGCAUAUCUUUUCCCUGUUAAGUUUGAAAAAUUUGGUAAAAACGAGUGCUUUGUCCAAACAAUGGUAUCACGAAUGGGGAUUAAGGAAGGACCUUACUUUUGAUCUCCAUAACAUGUUUGACUAUAGUACAGUUCCAGAGUUACCAACAACCCUUCCACCCUUUCAACAGAUUCAAUUUCAAUUUGCCGCAAGUUUGUAUAAUUUCAUGCAGACUUAUCCUGGUGACAUGAUAAGUUCAAUCCGAGUAAAAUUUCCAUUAGGUAUCGAUCAUACUUAUGCCAUUGAUGGAUUGAUUCACAAAGGAGUUCUUAAAGGGGCCAAUCGUAUUGAGCUGCUCUUCGCAUGUGAAACUGAUUUUAAUAUACAGCCCUACAAAUUUUUAUUUCCUUUCUUGUCUGGCCCUAAUUCUCUCACAUAUCUGCACCUACAGAAUUGCCACCUAGCAGCAACUAUGGAAUUUUCUGGAUUGAAGAAUUUGAGGACUCUUGUGUUGACUAUAGUUCCUGUGAAGCAGAAUAUGCUUCAUUAUCUCUUUUUCAACUGCAUCCAUCUUGAGAACUUCUCUCUUAAUCAAUGUCUGUUCCUAUCUGACUUAAAAAUAACUAGUCCAUCAUUGCUUCAUUUGAACAUUAACUGCGGGCCUAUCAUUUCAUGGAGGAAUAUUGAUAUCAUUGCAUCAAAACUCUUAUCCAUUGAAUUUUCUUCUGACUGUAACUACGACCGUUCAUUACGCAUGGUGAACAUUAAGUCUCAUAUGUUAUUCAAGUUUAGCUACAAAUGUGGUAACAUUUCUAAUCUUGUUGAUUUUUCUGGACUGAGAAAUGUGACAACAAUUGAGUUCGAUGGACUCCGUGAAUGUCUCCAAAGUGAAGUCAUAACUCAUUUGUUUUCUGAAUGUCUCCAACUUCAAGAUGUCACCUUUAAGGAGUGCAACAUAAAGUGUGAUAUGAAAAUUAGUGGUUCAAGAAUGGAAAAUGUAUAUAACUUUGGUACAAUUGCAAGAUUACAUCUGCUUGAGGAUUUAACUAUGCAUCUGGGCCUUUCACAGAUAUCCGUGUUAAGGAAGGAUUUGGUUCGAUUUCAAAAUCUUAGACAAUUGAAAUUGUUUAUUGUCGGAGCAUAUAAACCUGAAAGGGACUACUUGUGGAUUUUAGAUAUUGCAAUGGCUUCUCCGCAUCUCCAAAAACUUUCUCUAACGAUUAGAAAUGGAAAUUCGAAAACAUCACAUAUGGUUGGAUCUCAGAGGCAAAGAAGAGAACAUGUCAGGUUUAUUCAUAAGGAUUUAAAGUAUGUGGAGUUACAUGGUUGUGUUUGCUCCAUAACUGUAAUCGAGUUAGCUAGUCAUCUAUUGAGGAGUGCAACCUUGCUUAAACAAAUUACUUUCAGUUGUCGUCACAAUUUCUAUAUAGGCGCUGGAAGAUGGACUUUGGAUUUCGAUGGUUGUUGUUGGUUUGAGCGGAAUUUUAUUCAUGAGCAUCUAAAAGAUGAAGUAAAUGAACAAUGUCGGCUCAUAAUUUUGUAGUGUUAUGUUAUUUAUUUAUAAUGAAUUAUGUCUC